CACAGUGUAAAUAACUCAGUGUAGCGUCUGUUGGCUUGAGAGCAUCAGAGAAAUGAAUGAAAUGGUUUGACCCAGGUCAUUUAAUGAGCUAGCUUAAGGGAGCGUGAAGUUAAUCGUGAAAGCAAGAUCUCAACGCUAAAUAACAGAUCAGACAGGCAGCUGAUGGGGCUGUUUGACAAGUUGGCCGGAUGGCUGGGGUUGAAGAAGGAGGUGAACGUGCUGUGUCUUGGUUUGGACAACAGUGGAAAAACCACAAUCAUCAACCAACUAAAGCCCUCUAAUGCUCAGGCGCAAGACAUCGUCCCAACCAUUGGCUUCAGCAUAGAGAAGUUCAAGACAUCCAGUCUUUCCUUCACAGUGUUUGACAUGUCUGGUCAAGGCAGAUACAGAAACCUUUGGGAGCACUACUACAAGGAAGGCCAGGCUAUCAUAUUUGUCAUUGAUAGUGCAGACAAACUGAGGAUGGUAGUAGCCAAGGAAGAACUGGACACAUUACUAAACCACUCUGAUAUUAAGCACAGGAGGAUCCCCAUCCUGUUCUUUGCUAACAAGAUGGAUGUCAGGGAUGCUCUGUCUUCUGUCAAGGUCUCACAGCUGCUCUGUUUGGAGAACAUGAAAGACAAACCCUGGCACAUCUGUGCCACCGAUGCUCUGAAAGGAGAAGGUUUACAGGAGGGAGUGGACUGGUUACAAGAUCAAAUUAUGCAAUCAAAUCAAAACAAUGAGAACGUGAGGGCAUGAGGAUGGACGCGCCGGAAGAAGCAGCCUCCAUAGAAGUCUUUUAUGUAAGACGGGUGGACCCUGUUUUCAGAGGUACCAUGGGAUAGUUUUUACUCUGGUGUUUAGAUGGUUCCUGGUGGAGUGUGGUUUCAUUCGGAAAAACGAGUACAUGAUUUGUUCCUCCUGGUACCAGUAGUAACUUACAGCUGAAUACAGCUGUCCACAGGGGCAGAAAAAUGUUAAAAAAUGUUUGAUAUUUAUCCCUUCCAUUUCUCAAUAUCUUUGUGUAACCGGCUCACAAGAAUCAUGAGCUGGAUUUAUGUAAAUUAUUGUGAUUGUUGCUGUCUUCAUUUUAGGGAGCAUGAAUGCUCAGGAUGUCUUUUAGAAAAGAUGUGUUGUUGGGUGUUUUAUUUUGUGUGUUUUAGCCCCUCAACUGUCCUGUGUCCGACAAAUGGUAUAUGCCAGCUUCGCUGAAGAGAAAACAUGUUUCACAGCUGAUUGAUUCAGACUAGCACCACAUUAUACCAGUGAGGUAUUUUGCUCACCGUUAGAUAUGUUCGGCCUUGUGUGUUGUGAUCAUAUGCGUUUCCACUGCACACUUACAGCGGAGGAUAAAUGCUCUCAUCUGCAAUUUUAUGGCCACUGCUUGAGAGCAGGUGACAGCCUCAAGCCUCCAUGCAUCAGAUAUCAAUCUAAAAAUGCUUUUGUAAUAAGUUACGGUACGUCAGUCUGUUUGUAAUGGGCUACUACAUAUAAAACAACCUAAAUAAGGUUAAUGUUAAGGUUAAUGCCAAAUGCUCCAUUUCUUUUCUUUUUUCCUUCGGUCUCUCAGGGCCUCUGUAGAUACAUUAUUAUUUGUGUUUUGUUUGAAGUUUCACAACAGUUCGACGAUACCAAAAUGUUCAUGCAUUCCAGUGCACAUCGCCUUUUUCAAACUUGAAUAUUGGGCCAUCUCACUGUCGCAUUAAAAUCAAGAUUUGCUAUACUUUUGCUGCAGCUAAUAGUUCAUGCUUCUCUGCUCAUGUUUGCUGAAUGAUUAGGAUUAAAUGUUUUCCAGGACCCUGUAGAUUUUGUUGGGCAUAUUGUAACUUGUGGCUAAGCUUUUUUGUCAUGAAGUAAAUUAGUUUGCUUAAAACUCAAAACUAGUCUUUACAAAGCUAUUUCAUAACCAGUGUUUUUAUCUUUGCCUUAUUUCAGUGCUCAAACGAAAACAAAUGUAAUCCAACAAACUGCGUCCUACAUUUGACUCUGUACUUCAGUGAUUCAAAGGCAGACCGCUAAAAAGAAAAAUCCUCUGCUCACUCUGCACACAGUUUUUAAGGCAAGCCUUUGAUCUUCUUCUGUAGUCUCUGACUGAAAGCUUGCAUUCAAAAAGAAUCUGUACAGAUCAGAGUGUGUAUAGCAAGUGAGAGGUGUUUCCCUGUUUUGGGGUCAUUUCAAUGCAAGAAGGAACAACUGACGUAAAUGUAUGAUCUAAAAUAAUAAUAUUUUAUUUGAUAUAUUCUGUGGUAUCGUGUCCAUAACUGUCUCAUCUGUAAACCUUAUUUUUAGUAUCACAAAUUGCAGAAACUACAAACACCCCCGACCGCCCACCCACACAUAUCAGUAUCCCUGUUUAGACUACCACAGGGGGACGCCAAGGUCCAAAAUAUUCAAAUUCAACUCAUGAUGGCUUUCAGGACACAUUGAUUUUGAAAUACAUUGUAUAUUUCAAAAUAUACAAGUGAAGAUUUUAAAACAUUUAGACCCAUUGAGCAUCAGAGAUGUUGUAGAUUAUUAUCAAAUGAGCUGUAUGUAUUUUGUUUAUUACAUUGUAUGUGUUUAUUUUUUAAAGAAUAAAUGCUGGAGAAUGAA